UUAUUUUAUUCUUCCCGAGCACUACAAAAGGGCCUAUCAGUUCAAAUGGAGCUCAGUAUUUACUUUCAUAUAGCACUCCAUCUCAAAGACUUGAUCGAGUUGAACAAGUGGUUUCAAAGGGCAUUUUCUUCAUUUCCUGAAAGGAUAUGUUCGUUUUGUAGACCGUGCAAAGAUGGUAUUCAAAGUAUUCCUGUUCUUAAUUUUGGUGGUGCCUGCUGUCAUGGCUGGUACACCUAGGAAGCCUAUAGAUGUGCCCUUUCAAAAGAAUUAUAAUCCUACAUGGGCUGCUGAUCAUAUAAAGUACAUUGAUGGUGGGAAACAGGCCACACUUUCUCUGGACAAAUCAACAGGUACUGGGUUCCAAUCCAAGGGCACAUACUUGUUUGGGCACUUCAGUAUGCAGAUAAAGAUGGUUCCUGGUGACUCUGCAGGCACUGUCACUGCCUUUUAUCUGUCAUCACAGAACUCUGAGCAUGAUGAGAUAGACUUUGAGUUCCUAGGCAAUAGGUCUGGACAGCCAUACAUUCUUCAAACUAAUGUGUUCAGUGGAGGGAAAGGAGACAGAGAACAGCGCAUAUAUCUCUGGUUUGACCCCACAAAAGAUUACCAUUCUUACUCUGUUCUCUGGAAUAUGCGUCAGAUUGUGUUCUUUGUAGAUGAUGUUCCGAUCAGAGUGUUCAAGAACAGCAAGGACUUGGGAGUGAGAUAUCCAUUCAAUCAGCCCAUGAAGAUCUACUCAAGCCUGUGGAAUGCAGAUGAUUGGGCCACAAGAGGAGGGAUUGAGAAGACAGACUGGAGCAAAGCACCAUUUGUUGCAGCAUACAAGGGAUUCCACAUUGAUGGGUGUGAGGCCUCUGCACCUCAUUCACUCUGUCCAACACUAGGCAGGAGAUGGUGGGAUCAGAAAGAAUUUGAUGAUUUGGAUGGAUUACAGUGGAGAAAACUCAAGUGGGUUAGGAGCAAGUAUACCAUUUACAACUAUUGUAGUGACAGAGUUAGGUACCCAAAACUGUCCCCAGAGUGUUCUAGGGACCAUGACAUCUAGUUAGCUUCUCUUGGUUGCUUAAAUAUUACAUAUGUGGAUUUUGAUGGAAUCAUAUCUAUACCUAAUAGAUAUGGUAUUUUUAGGGUUGCUACAAAAAUAGACAUGAUUAUUUGUAGUUGGCAUGAGGUUUUUAUAUUUAAUGUUAUAAUAAGAUAUUUUUUGGAUUCA